CUUUGGCAUUGUGCUUCUUGAGUUGCUGACUGGAAAGCCACCCCGCAUUGACACAAAAACGCACAUUAGGAAAUGGGCAAUGAAGAUGGUGGAGGCGUAUCAGUUGGAUGACCUCAAGGACAGCAAGAUGCCAGCAGCGAGCGAGGAGGCCAUAGUGGACUUUGCAGACCUGGCUCUGGACUGCAUCAAGUCUCCCGGCACACGGAGGCCCAGCAUGAAGGACGUGGCAUACCGCCUCAGUGCGCUCAUUGAGAAACACUGCCCUGACAAGGAGGAGGAGUGGGAGGACACAGGGAAAGAAGCGAGUGAGGGCAUCGAUGAUUCGUCUUCUUCACGGGAUCCUUCUGCUGUGUCGUUUGGAGGCAGUGGGAUGGAGUCUCAGAUUUCAUAUGGUGGCAAUUCUGGUGUGAGCUCAUUUGUUGGCAUUAGCUCUAUCACUAGUGGUGUCAAGAGCUGGCUGCAGUUGAAGCCUAGCGCGGGACGCUAA